AUGGCUAAAGCGUAUAGAAAAGAAGAUUUUGAUUACAUUAUGUCAAAGGUUGGAAAAGUUGAUCCAAGGGUUAAGGAAUAUCUGGAAAAAAUUAGAUAUGAUAAAUGGUCUCGAUGUCACUCCCCUGUUAAUGGAGGUAGAAUGAUGACCUCUAAUAUAGCUGAAUGUAUUAACGGUUGUUUGGUAAAGGCUAGAGUACUUCCUAUUUUAGGUUUCCUCGAAGAAGUUAGGAUUCUAUUUGUUGCAUGGAAUUGUAAGAACAGUGAAACUGCAUCUUAUACAAACACAACGCUUGGGAGAAGAUUUCAAGAAAUACUAACUGAUAAUGGGGUUAAAUUGUUGCAGAUGACGGUUAAGGCAGUUGGUAGUUAUCUGUACAAUGUGUAUGAAUCAGGAAGGAGGUACAUUGUUGAUAUUGAUGCACGUGUAACUGUUGCCGAAUUGUACAGGCCAAACACCAUUGUAAAGACAUAUGAACUCCCCAUAAUUCCUAUGCCAGAUAUGAAAGAUUGGAUUGUUUCAGAUUUUGUUGAUGCCGAUGAAGUUUUGCCACUCAAAUACAGAAGACCUCCUGGGAGGACAAAGAAAGGAAGACAUUUGAAAUCUAGUGAAUCAUUUACAAGUUCAAACCAUUGUGGUAAAUGCGGGCUUGCAGGUCACAACCGUAGGACGUGCGGUUUCUUCCCAAAAGAAAGUUGA